GCUUUUCACGUUUUGAAAAAUCCAUUAUUCAAUCCACUUUCUCUGUCUCUGCAUCUCUAUAUUUCCACGAUUCUAGAAUAUUCCGAACACCAUGUUCCAUCGUCGUCCAGAUCCAGGUACCGUCCCCUUCACCGUUUGACUCUCACUUCACUCUUCGAUGCUUCUUCACCACAUUCUCUGCUGCACAAUCGCAAUGCCGUUUCGUUGCUUUCACUUCUCACCAAUUACAGCUUAGGGUUUUCUUUUCGGACAUUCAUAAGUGGGUGUAAGAUUUUUUGCAAUCUGUUGCGUGUUAAUUGAUAGGCUUUAACGACAGUUCGUGUGAAAAUUGAAUUGCUAUUCUGGGUAAUUUAUUAAUGUUUAAUUUUCAAUUUCCAUUUACCGUUGAACGAGUUUUUGUUUGGUGUGCAAAACGAGAUUCCGUGUGUUGAUUGCAUUUGAAGACAGAUGGCGGCUACAGGGUAUAUCUAUAUAAGGUUACUUUAUGCGUUUGUGUUUCUUUGAGUCGGUGGGGUUUGUAUGAAUUGGUCUUGUGUCUCGUCAAUUGAGAAUUUGCUUGGAAAUUAGAAGGUUCAACCUUGAAGAAGAGUCUUUUAUCUUCAUUUAUAGCAUCUGGAAUUGGUUUUGGAGUUCUUCUUGUUGGAGAAUUGAGUUGAUGGGGGGUAACAAUUCUAAGGAGGAUAAUUGGAGGCAGAAUUCAGCUGCGCGUUCAAGUUCCUCUUAUUCUUACAGUGCAUAUUCUGAUCCCCAAUCGGCUUAUGCUCAGGGGGGUUACACCUAUGAGCCACAACAGCCUUCUUAUCCUACAGAGCACUAUUAUGCCCCUCCCCCACCGCCACAAAACUAUGGCUAUGAACCUCAACCUCAUGCUAGUGGUAGAGUGGCCAGCCACAACACUGAUCGGAGGUUAGAGAGGAAGUACUCGAGAAUUGCUGAUAAUUACAAUUCCAUAGACGAGGUGACUGAUGCUCUUGCACGUGCAGGCCUUGAGUCUUCAAAUCUUAUUCUUGGUAUUGAUUUCACUAAGAGCAAUGAGUGGACAGGAAAGUAUUCAUUUAACAGAAAAAGUUUACAUCACAUCGGGAAUGGUCCAAACCCCUAUGAACAAGCAAUAUCCAUUAUUGGGAAAACCUUGGCUGCAUUUGAUGAGGAUAACUUGAUUCCUUGUUUUGGAUUUGGGGAUGCAUCAACACAUGAUCAAGAUGUCUUCAGUUUCUAUCCAGAUGAACGAUUUUGCAAUGGUUUUGAAGAAGUGUUGAGUCGGUACAGGGAAAUCAUUCCUAAUAUUCGACUUGCAGGUCCUACUUCUUUUGCACCAAUCAUUGAAAUGGCCAUGACAAUUGUUGAGCAGAGUGGAGGCCAGUACCAUGUUUUGGUGAUAAUUGCAGAUGGCCAGGUAACUAGAAGUAUUGACACUGAACGUGGAAGGCUAGGUCCACAGGAGCAGAAGACAGUGGAUGCCAUUGUUGAGGCCAGUAAAUUUCCUCUUUCAAUCAUAUUGGUUGGUGUUGGAGAUGGACCUUGGGACAUGAUGAAAGAGUUUGAUGACAAUAUUCCAGCUCGAGCCUUUGAUAAUUUUCAAUUUGUGAAUUUCACAGAAAUUAUGUCAAAGAACAUUCCUCCUUCUCGAAAAGAGGCAGCAUUUGCUCUUGCAGCAUUGAUGGAAAUUCCUUCUCAGUAUAAGGCAGCAAUAGAGCUUAAUCUACUAGGUAGUCGGAAGGCCAAUGGCCCUCAAAGAGUUGCCCUUCCAACACCAACAUAUGGUUCAGCAUCUUUUAGCGCUUCAAAACCUUAUGGUUCAACAUCUUUUAGCGAUACAAAACCUUAUGGUUCAACAUCUUUUAGUGAUACAAAACCUUAUGGUUCAGCAUCUUUCGGCAGUUCAAAACCUUCUUAUGCUACUAGCUUUGAGCAGAGUGUCCCUCAUCUUUAUGAUAACAGUGACCUUGUUGGAACAGCACCUCCUGCCCCUAGUACCACAUAUGACAAUCAGCUUUGCCCGAUAUGUUUGAGCAAUUCGAAAGACAUGGCCUUCGGAUGCGGGCAUCAGACAUGUUGUGAUUGUGGACAAGAUCUUCAGUCGUGUCCCAUCUGUAGGAGCCCCAUUAACACCAGAAUUAAGCUUUACUAAGCGGCGUCCUUCAUUGGGAAGUAAUUACUGUGUGGUGUAAGCUAAAAUUCUUUGAUUUUUUACCCCUCUUUUCUGGUUGUAUACAUCGUUAGAUCAACUCAGUUUCUAGUGAUGAAAAGUAGGACCUACAGUCCUCCCUAUGUAAUCAUUCCAUAAAUCGUCUUAUAUCUUUUUUUUGUUACUUCUCAUUUUUUACUAUAAUGAUUUGACUUUGUACCUGUUUCUUUAACUGAUCAAACUCGGAAUUUUCA